AUGUUAUGUCCUAGAAAAUUAUAUAAAAAAUAUUGUAGAACUAUAGCUAUAAUUGAGACAAAACAUGUGAAAAUUUGUAUACUCAAGAUAUUCUGUAUUGAUGAUGAUAAUAGAACAUUACCAAUUAUUGCCGGACAUUUUGGAUACAAUAAAUGUGACCAACACACAUGGAUUCAAAAUUUUAAAUUAUGUGGCGGAAAAUUACAAUCUCCAAUACAUAUAUCAUCAUUCAAAUCAAUACCUCUUCCUUUGCCAGCACUUGAAAUAAUUGGUUAUCAUGAUUUUCUCCCGAAUCCAUUAUAUUUAAAAAAUAAUGGCCAUUCAGAAUAUGAAAUAGAUCAUUUACAUUUUCAUUGGGGUGCAAAAAAUAACAGAGGAUCUGAGCAUAUUUUAAAUGGUGUUAGAUAUCCUAUGGAAAUGCAUAUAGGAUUUUUUUUCAAUGUGCGACAAUUAAAUAAAGAAGUAAAAUUAAAUAUAUCUAUAACCUUGGCUUCGUUAUUACCUAAAAAUAUAGAUGUAUUUUAUACUUAUAAGGGUUCAUUAACUACACCUCCAUGUAAUGAAGUAGUAACAUGGGUAAUUUUUCCAAAGCCAGUACCAAUAUCUUUUACACAGCUAAAUAAAUUUAGAUUACUUUGUAAUGAAGAAGGUACAUUAGCUAAUAAUUACAGAAAAUUGCAACAAAUAGGACUUAGAAAAAUAUAUGUUAGAAAGUUAAAUCCAUCUUUAAUUGAAAAAUAUAAUAAAACGAUUUUUAAUGUUAUGAAUUUGGAAUGGUUUUGGCAUUAA